AUGGAGCCAUUCUAUAAUGCUACUACUAUAUUCUCUGGUUCAAAUUAUCCUACUCUCAAUCUUAUAUAUCUGACAAUGACAUUACUUAUCAAAGAGUUUGCACCUUCCGACGAAGAAACCGAAGAUGACUAUAUUGAAUUGUUAUUUGAACCUUUGGAACAAGAAGAAUCUCAAAUGAAUGAUCAAAGUCAAAUUAUUGACAAUAAUUCAGAUAUCGAUAACGAAAUUGAACCAAUGAUUACAAAAGAGCAACUUCAGCAACCAUUACAAAUAAUAGCAUCUCCUAUUACUACUGAAGGAUUGCAUAAUUUGGUUAAAGCUGCAAGUUAUCUGUCUCUCCAAGAAUAUUGGAAAGUACCUGAAGAUGUUGAACUUAUAGCAGCAUUCUUGGAUCCACAAAUAAAAAGUUUGAAGUUUCUUGGUAAUACAACUCUAAAGAUAACUACAAUUAACAAAGUACGAAGACUUUGUGUUGAAGAAGAGUGCCGCCAACCUUCAAUUGAAGAAUUUUCCAGAAACAAAUCAUUUAAUAUAUCAACAUCCGAAAUCGUGACAUCAAAUGAUUUAAUGGCAGCUCUAUACAGAGACGAGGAAUCAGAUAAUGAAGAUUUUGAAGAGAAUGAACUCGAUCUACCAGCAACAUCAGUUCCCUCAGAACGUCUAUUUUCGGAUGCUGGAUUAUAUAUCACAGCAUUACGUAACUGGCUUCAGCCAGAUAUGGUUGAGAAAAUGAUCUUUCUUAAGCGUAAUAUGCAAUUUUUUCCUAUUUUCAAGCCAGAUGAAGUAUAA